AUGACGGAAGAAAGAUAUUUGUUCUUGGUUUCUCGUCAAACCACUGCUGCUUAUCGCGCAGAAUUUGGUAAACCCACCUUGAGUUCGUCUCAAGGAAACGUCGAGCUUGGUACCAGCGUACCUCGUCCGACAACACUGCCUACAUUGUUUGUGUUGCAUAAAGUAUCAGAGGUGUCUAAGGAGACAUUUAUCGGCUUGUGUUCCGCAUCCUUGGAAGCUGCUACCACCAUCCUCCUGACCACUGGUAUUGAAAACCCAUUAGUACUUCAGGGUUUGUCAUUACUGGCACGGAGCGAUAUCACGCACAGCAGUAACACUGCCACCGAGGUGGUAGAAGGGAGUGAACCAGUGCUGGCAACGUCCACUGGUGUAGGGUCAAAUAAAGAAGUCCGCUUAGUUACAGCGAAGGACCUGAAAUAUAGUGGAAGACCUAACCCCGGAACGCUACCGACCCGGCUACCCAGCCCAACUCAAGAUCUGACCCGGCUAUCCAGCCCAACCCCAGACCUGGUUGGUUACCCAUUUCAAUAUGGUUACCGCUACGCGGACAACGUCCGAUGCAAGCGCUUUCGCUCAUUUACUCGACACGAUGAUCUAUACGGACUCCUUAGUAUUUUUGAGCGCCAAAUCGAAACUCUAGAAUAUCUCCCUGUACCAUCCGAAGGUGACGCAACCCCUGUCCCAAUCAAGUUACGUAUGGGUCAUCAACAACUCUUACGUUACUUGCUACUAUGGAUACGUCAACUCGAGACCAACAAAGGAGGUCCUCUCUCGAACUACGAACUCAUCUCUCUCAUGAAAGAAGAUUUCAGUUUAUUUCGACGGUCUCCAUCAAUUCAUUUGCCGAAUGCAGUCCCAACACCCAGUUCACAAUCAAGCACUCCUUCGACUGUGGUUGGAAACUCUAGUCGUUCUGCUGUUGCUGAUUUUAAACGCGGUGUUAAACGUGAUAAAACGCAUUAUCCGGUGCUCAAGGACGACCGAUACUGGGACAACUUCUACCGUACUUUUGUCGUUACCGCCGUAUCGCACAAUGUUGAUAAUGUCCUAGAUCCAGCUUACUCCCCUACAAGUACAGAUGAAAUAUUGCUAUUCAGGGAGCAGAAAAAGUUCGUCUAUUCCGCUCUAGAACACUGCUUGCAAACGGAUAUGGGUAAAAACAUUGUUCGCGAGCAUGCCUUUGAUUUCGAUGCACAAACUGUUUUCGCAAAAGUGGUAAAACACUACACUGAAUCCACAGCUGCAAAGAUCAGUUCUGGUACCACACUGUCAUACCUGACCUCUGCGAAGUACGGCAGCUCCUGGACUGGAACCGCCGAAGGAUUUAUUUUGCAUUGGAAAAAUCAUCUUCGCAUUUACAACGACACGGUCCCAGUUACAGAGAAGUUGCCACCACAACUUUGCCUCAGCCUGCUCGAGUCCUCUGUACGCGACGUUUCAGAGCUUCGGCAAGUCAACACUACCGCGAAUCUAGAUUUAGCUAAAGGGGGGUCUCCCAUUAACUAUGAAAAUUACCUAAGUCUACUCCUUGCUGCCGCGACCUUGUACGAUAAAGGAAACAAUUUUUCUAAUUCUCGUAGCCCAAAAUUCAAGCGCAGCGCCUUUGUUACUGAGACUACCUUUCCCGAUGAUGAAUAUGGCGUCGAUUACGACAUUGAUUUGUCACCGUCCAUCCUUUACGAAGCGAAUGCUCACAACCGCAGAGCAGGCGACCAAAAUCGAGACCGCCAGAGCAAUGUCAAUCGUGAGCGACCGUAUAUUCCUCGUGAGAUGUGGGAUAAACUGUCCGACGAUGCAAAGGAGAUUCUCCGUGGUAUGUCUUCUCCUAAAGAAGGAAACGCCUCGGCCAACGGCAAGUCUUCAUCUGCAUUUCAUGCCAACUCCCAUUCUUUAUCCGAUACAGGACACACCUCAUCAACGGACGAAUUGUUGCACGAAAAUGACAACGAUAAAUUAUAUGAUUGCGGGAACGACACGGAACUGCUUGCACACCUUACUGAUCGCUCCAGUAAUAUGGCAAAUGGAGACAUUCGCAAAGUCCUCGCUUCGGCUUCCUCCUAUAAGCAGAAUUCGAAGAACUCCCUGCAGUCAAAUAUGCUCGAAUACAGUAUUUCCCGACACUCCGUUGCAGAGACUACAUCCUCCCUCAUCGACAGAGGCGCAAACGGCGGACUUGCCGGAAGCGAUGUUAAAAUCCUUAACAAAACAGGCCGUUCUGCGAGCAUCACGGGUAUUAAUGACCAUACUUUGCCUGAUUUGGACAUUGUCACCGCCGCUGGCCUCGUUGAAUCACAACAUGGACCCAUCAUUGUCAUACUGCAUCAGUAUGCCCACCAUGGAAAAGGAAAAACGAUCCAUUCUAGUGCUCAACUUGAGUACUACAAGAAUAUUGUCGAGGACCGUUCCCGUGUUUUAGGCGGUAAACAACGUAUCAUAACUCUAGAUGAUUACGUUAUUCCCCUACACAUCCGUCAGGGACUAGCUUAUAUGGACAUGAGACCUCCUUCCGAUGCAGAGUUUGACACGUUACCCCACGUUGUACUUACUUCCGAUGUCGACUGGGACCCGUCCAUUAUCGACAACGAAAUUGACCUUGUCAUAGACUGGCAUGAUGCCAUACAGGACCUUCCCAGCGACCCGUACGUUGAACCCCGUUUCAAUUCAACUGGUGAAUACCGACAUAGGCACGUUGCGACCUUUGACAUUUUCUCGUCAUCUGACUUUGUUCAUCGGUCCACGGCUCUCGAUAAUAUACUCUCGUCAAACCAACAUGACAUGACCCGCAAUUCGCACAAUUACGAAGCCUUGCGUCCUUGUCUUGGCUGGGUCUCCGCCAACACAGUCCAGAAAACCAUCAUGGCCACUACGCAAUUUGCUCGUGAGGUCUAUAAUGCACCUAUGCGUAAACAUUUCAAGUCCCGUUUCCCGGCACUUAAUGUUCACCGGCGCAACGAAGCUGUGGCUACCGAUACCAUUUGGUCGGACACACCUGCUGUCGAUAACGGCGCUAAAUUUGCGCAAUUAUUUGUCGGUAGACGAUCGCUUGUUACCGACAUUUAUCCUAUGAAAACAGACAAAGAGUUUGUUAAUGCACUCGAAGACAAUAUUCGUCAUCGGGGUGCCAUGGAUAAACUCAUCAGUGACCGUGCCAAAGCCGAGAUCAGCAAGAAAGUUUCUGAUAUUACUCGUGCUUACCACAUUGAUCAAUGGCAAAGCGAGCCCAAUCACCAGCACCAAAAUUAUGCUGAACGUCGAAUUGCAACUGUUGAAGCAAAUGCAAAUAAAAUUCUUAACAAAACCGGCGCACCUAAUUCUACAUGGUUAUUGUGUGUUUCCUACAUUUGUUAUUUGUUUAAUCAUUUGGCCCAUGAAUCUUUGCACGAUCGCACCCCCCUCGAAAUUCUUAACGGUAGUACUCCUGAUAUUAGCGUACUCCUUCAAUUCCAUUUCUGGGAACCGAUCUACUACCGACUUGAAGAACCUACUUUUCCUUCCGACGGCACUGAAAAAAAGGGCCACUUUGUUGGAAUUGCUGAUUCCGUUGGUGAUGCUCUUACCUACAAGGUACUCACCAACGACUCCCACAAGAUCCUUUUCCGAUCUAGUGUUCGCUCUGCAUUGAAACCUAGUGAAACCAAUUUGCGUCUUGAGCCACAUGAAGGGGAGAGUCCUCCUAAGCCCAUCAACUUCAUUAAGUCGCGCAGGACUGAGGACGGAAAUUCUUAUGCCAUCCACACGCUACCUGGACAAUGGGGAGCGUUUUCGUGCACGUAUUGCCAGGAAAAUUCUUGA